AUGGAUCGGAAAAGAGUUGUGCAUACGCUAGACACGCCUUACUCGGCAGUUGAAUGGCCACAUAUAAGCCAGGAAGAUCAAGAUGCUAUCCUAGAACUUCUUUGCCAUAGAUUGCUAUCUCCUCUUGGGGCCUAUCGAAGAUCAUUCAUAACACCGUCGAAAGGGAAACGGAAGCGCUCCAAAAAAGCCAGAGGCUCGGAGACGCCCUCAAACGCAGCACCAGCGUCGACUGUCCCUCCUCCGCCAGAAUUGGCCGCCCAUGUCGAUGUAGGGCUUUCCACCAUCUCUCGCACCCUGCAGGCCAUGUCUGGCAGGGAGACUCCGAAUCGCGAAGAAGCAGAACCCAAGGGUUGCAGCAGACCUUAUAGUGUUGUUUUCGUAGCGCGAGCCGGUCAGUCUUCCGCGUUUCAUUGCCACUUUCCCCAAAUGGUAGCACUUGCCGCGCAGUCACAGCCCCCGGAUAAGGCCGUGAGGCUAGUUGGUCUCUCCAAGGCUUGCGAGGACCGGCUGAGCACAGCACUAGGGAUUCCCCGCGUCUCCAGCAUCGGUUUGCGAGAAGAUGCCCCGCAAGCCAAAGGGCUCGUCGAGUAUGUGCGAGAGCACGUAGCGCCUGUCGAAAUCGCCUGGCUUCGGGAGGCCCAGGGCGGCAGGUUUCUCGAGACAAAGAUCGAUGCUGUUCCGACCAAAAUUGGGGUCAAGAAACAGAGGGUCUCUUGA